AUGGAGGGGAACGAGUUUACUAUGGGGUAUUUAGAGACGAUGAGAGUUGUUGGGAACUUUGGAUCUCAUUGGGGUAUUUUGCUAUCAGAUGAUGAGGGUGGUGAGCAGCAGGGUGACCAACCCGAACCACAGCAAAGGACAAGGUGGAGGAACGUGAGAGGAGGAGGAGAAAGAGGGCAGCCAAUGCAUCCACCCGCACCCAUGGUAGGAUCACAUAUUGGGGAUGAUAUGGUUGGGUAUUUCGAUCAGCUUUCAUUGAGCGUUAAUUGGAUUGGAGGGACGAUAGAGAAUAUGGUGCAACAUUUCCAUGUGGAGCAGCCUCCUCACCUAGGGUAUCAUUACCCAAUUUGCCCGAGGUGGACGGAGUAUCCUGGCCAAGGAGGAGACAUGGCAGGCCCUAGUAGAGCUCGUGAUGAAGAGGAGGAUGAUUGA